GGCGGGGCUACGUGCGCAGGCGCAGAGAGGUAUGCUGUAGCGCCGCUGGCCGAGGGGCUUUCCGCCUCGCUCUUUUUCCCUUCUCACCAUCUUUCGGUUCGGGAGGUGCUCUGUCGUUCUGUGGGUUGGGUCCGAUUGACACGCCUAGAGGCCCCCCCUCUCCAAGCGGCGGCGGUGGAGAGGAGCAGCCGCCGUCGCCGCGUCGCUCCCAAAAUGUCGCAGACAGCCAUGUCCGAGACCUACGACUUCUUGUUUAAGUUUUUGGUCAUUGGAAAUGCUGGAAGUGGCAAAUCCUGCUUGCUUCAUCAAUUUAUUGAGAAGAAAUUCAAAGAUGAUUCAAAUCAUACUAUAGGAGUGGAAUUUGGUUCAAAGAUAAUAAAUGUAGGAGGCAAAUAUGUAAAAUUGCAGAUAUGGGAUACAGCUGGACAAGAGCGAUUCAGGUCUGUAACGCGGAGCUACUACAGAGGUGCUGCAGGUGCCUUACUGGUUUAUGACAUCACCAGUCGAGAAACCUACAAUGCACUUACCAACUGGCUGACCGAUGCAAGAAUGCUAGCAAGUCAGAACAUUGUAAUAAUACUGUGUGGGAACAAAAAGGAUCUUGAUGGAGAUCGGGAAGUUACCUUCUUGGAAGCUUCCAGGUUUGCCCAAGAAAAUGAGCUUAUGUUCUUGGAAACAAGUGCAUUGACAGGAGAGAAUGUUGAAGAGGCCUUCGUACAAUGUGCAAGAAAAAUCCUUAAUAAAAUUGAGUCAGGUGAACUGGAUCCGGAAAGGAUGGGCUCAGGUAUUCAGUAUGGAGAUGCUGCCUUGAGACAGCUGAGAUCUCCGCGAAGAGCACAAGCUCAAAGUGUUCAAGAAUGUGGCUGCUAAAAACAAAUGGCAAAUUAAAAUACUCAUUUUUGCAGGAGGAAAGCAGUCCUUGCAAUUGAAGUUUGAUGAAACAACUGCCAUGGCUUCGAGUCUCUGCAACUUUAGAACUCCUUUUUGUUUCAGUAAAGCAGACCACAUAUGAUAUUAAAAAAGAAAGUACUGUGGAAUGACCUCCAGAAUUGUGCAAUUGAUACAGCAAGACUGCACAAAAAAACAACCUGAUUCAGUGGACAAUACUGACUAAAAUGCCUGUAUGUAAAUGUUUUCUGUUGUGUAUUUUUGUUAAUUACCUCUAGUUUAAAACAUUGCUGUAUCCUGUCUAUGAAAGGUCACCAUUAAAUUUCCAAAGCAUGAAUACUGACACAAUAUUGCACUAAAAGCUGUUUGGUUUUUGAAUAACUAAACUUUAACUGUGUGGUAAGCUUUAUCAUGUUUAUCUGUUUUUGUACAAUAGCUUCUAUUUAUGAGUUGACAUUGAAAGCUGCUGGCAUUGACUGUCAGUGUUUUAUUUGCCACAUUCUACAAGGUGUUUACUUUUUUUUAAUAUUUAGGUUAUACGUUUACUAAUCCACCAUCUUGAGAAGAACUUUUUUUAACUGAAACAUAGUUGUCCUAUUUCCUGACAGUUCUUAAUGUAUUUCAGUCACUCUGUCAAAUGUAGGCUGUAAAAUACAGUUGUGAACUCUGAGAGCUUACUGCUGUCUGAUCUUGCCUCGGGAGUUUCUUAUUUGUGACAUUUUCUACAUCCUAGCUUGUAAUGGAGAUUGUAUGUUUUGGAUAAAAGGUAAUGUCUACUUGUUUUGUCACUGUAGUGUAGUAUUUGAAGUUGUGAAUUGCCAUUAUCUACUUUUUUUAAUUAAAGCAAUUUCUAUAAGUAA